AUGUCUGGACGAGGCAAAGGUGGUAAAGGCCUGGGCAAAGGCGGCGCCAAGCGCCACCGCAAGGUCCUGCGCGACAACAUCCAGGGCAUCACCAAGCCCGCCAUCCGCCGCCUGGCCAGGCGCGGAGGAGUCAAGCGCAUCUCCGGCCUCAUCUACGAGGAGACCCGCGGGGUGCUGAAGGUGUUCCUGGAGAACGUGAUCCGCGACGCGGUCACCUACACGGAGCACGCCAAGCGCAAGACCGUCACCGCCAUGGACGUGGUCUACGCGCUCAAGCGCCAGGGCCGACCCGCGCCUCUCGCCGUUUCGGUAAAUUCCGGGUCUUCCGACAUGGCUCGUACAAAGCAGACCGCUCGCAAGUCCACCGGCGGCAAGGCCCCGCGCAAGCAGCUGGCCACCAAGGCUGCCCGCAAGAGCGCCCCGGCCACCGGCGGCGUGAAGAAGCCGCACCGCUACCGUCCCGGCACCGUGGCUCUGCGCGAGAUCCGGCGCUACCAGAAGUCCACCGAGCUGCUGAUCCGCAAGCUGCCGUUCCAGCGGCUGGUGCGCGAGAUCGCGCAGGACUUCAAGACCGACCUGCGCUUCCAGAGCUCGGCCGUCAUGGCGCUGCAGGAGGCGAGUGAGGCCUACCUGGUGGGUCUGUUUGAGGACACCAACCUGUGCGCCAUCCACGCCAAGCGCGUCACCAUCAUGCCCAAAGACAUCCAGCUGGCCCGCCGCAUCCGCGGGGAGAGGGAUUUUUCAGCGGUUUACUUGUUGCGCUCCUUAUCUCCUGACAUGGCUCGUACAAAGCAGACCGCUCGCAAGUCCACCGGCGGCAAGGCCCCGCGCAAGCAGCUGGCCACCAAGGCUGCCCGCAAGAGCGCCCCGGCCACCGGCGGCGUGAAGAAGCCGCACCGCUACCGGCCCGGCACCGUGGCUCUGCGCGAGAUCCGGCGCUACCAGAAGUCCACCGAGCUGCUGAUCCGCAAGCUGCCGUUCCAGCGGCUGGUGCGCGAGAUCGCGCAGGACUUCAAGACCGACCUGCGCUUCCAGAGCUCGGCCGUCAUGGCGCUGCAGGAGGCCUGCGAGGCCUACCUGGUGGGUCUGUUUGAGGACACCAACCUGUGCGCCAUCCACGCCAAGCGCGUCACCAUCAUGCCCAAGGACAUCCAGCUGGCCCGCCGCAUCCGCGGGGAGAGGGCGUAAAUUUCCUGGCUUGUCAACCUUCUGCAAAAGGCUCUUUUCAGAGCCCCUCCCU